AUGGCUCAACACUUAGAUCAAGACCUGCCACAAUCACCAACCGAACCAGAUUAUGUCCACUACACAGUCUUCGUUCGCCUUCCAUUCCCUCGAGGCGACUUUGUUGAUCCACCAAGCGUGGAGUGGAAUGGGAAGAAAGAUCGAGAGCUCUCUGAUCUGCUAUCGAAAGCUACAGCCAAGGGGCGAGACAUAGACUGGCACGCAACCGCCGAGCGAUUCAAUGUAUCCCUUACCUUCCUAUCGCAACAGGCAGCACUGCUCUACGAAAGACAGCUGUCCCAGGUCAGAGCUGGUUUGCAAAAAGCCAAUAGGCUCUCGUCGGGUGCGUCACCAACACCCGGCUCUGUAUCGGGUAGCGGUACGGUAGGAGGAUACGCCAUGACCAGAGGAGGCAGUGGAGGUAUGGAACGUUCGACUUCCAGCUUCACUCUUGCUGAUCCCGCACAGGAUCGCGAGUACCGACUUCACUAUCACAUAGAGCGAAAGAGCGAACAACCUCUCAUGGUGAAGCAAGUACAGUAUUUCCACGAGCAGCACGACCGAGCCCGGAGUCGCGAAAAUUCUGGCAGAUCUAUUGAAGCAUCUCCAAAACAACAGCAGCGUCCGAUUGGCAGGGAAGCUAGCCCUUCGGCCAUAGCCAGCGACUCGUCUUCCUCUUCUUCAUCCGAUGAUGCUCCCCACCCGUUGUCUCGCAGCCGAGCCUUUGCCCGUCGACCACGGUACUCCUCCUCCAAAGCUCCCCUCAACCCUCUGUCCGAUGCAGAUGAGGAAGACGAGGACUCUCCACCCUUUCUUCCCUUCUCAGACGCUCGUCCCUUCACACCACCAAUGCCUACAGACCCCAGCUCCACCCUCAAAAUAUCUCCAAAGCGACCAACCUCACGCAGGUCGCCGCCCGCAACCCUUACAAAACCCAAAGCCUCAAACCUACCACAGACUGCCCACUCAUCCUCAUCGUCUGUGCAAUCACAGUCCCAAUCGCAGAACCGACCGCCACAGCAUAACGCUCUCUCAACGCUCUCGCCUAGGCAGAGACGUAUGGCGAAGGAAGGGAGUGAAGGGACGCCAAGUAUGGGAAGCAGUUUUAGCGAGUUAGAUGAGGCGAGCGUGACACAGAGUGCGUUGGAGGAACAUUUGGCGAAUGAGAUGACGCAUGGAAGUGUGGCGAGUAGGAUGAGUACGAUUAGUCAGGCUCUGAGAUCGAGGUAUCUAUAA